AUGUCACAAUAUGACCUGACAAGGGCCUAUGGCCUGACGAUAUCCAUGGGAUCCGAGUGCCUGAAAUUGAUUGACUUCGGAGGUGCGAGUAUUGAUGGUGAAGAGCAUGGCUCCUGCUAUCAAUGGUAUAGUUAUCGACGAUCAACACCGGAAGUCAGCAAGCAGACCGAUAUCUUCGCGUUUAGUUGUGUGAUAUACGAGAUCUCGACGGGCAGACACCCAUACCACGAAUUCGAAGCAUCUGACAAUCGGUCACACCUUGUCGAACAAUUGUAUGAAGAAUACCAAUUUCCUGAUAUCACAGAUCUACCAUUGGGCCAACUGAUGCAAGGCUGCUGGCAUGGCACGUUCAAUUCUAUGAGCGACGUCGUCCAGGCGUUAGAAGCGGCAGACUCCGUGAGCAUGAAUGCGAAGUAUGGAGCUGGUACUGUUACCAAAGUUCGCAAAUGCUGCUGCUUUCCCAUUUAA